ACACACCCUACCAAACGAUCUCUACUAGAUUUUUCACACAAUUAAAACCUAUAUAAAGACAACUUCCAAGCGUUUUCUCACCACAUUUCUUUUCACAAACAUUUAGUUAUAUAGAAGAACAUGGGUGUGAAAGGCAAAUUGACUGCUUCGAUAGAGGUGAAAUGCGGAGGACAUUUGAUUCAUGAUCUUUUCCACUCUAAUACACAUCAUGUACCCAACAUUAGCCCUAGUAAGGUUAAUCGUUUUGAAAUUCAUCAAGGUGGAAUCAUAAAAGUUGGUUCGAUAGUAAGCUGGAAAUAUUACACCGAUGGAAAAGAAAAAUUUGCCAAGGAAGUGAUAGAGUCCAUCGAUCCUCACAACAAAUCAAUCACUUGGAAAGUGAUUGAAGGAGAUGUGCUAGACUUAUAUAAUUCCUUCAAAGUCAUCACAAGUAGUGAACAUGAGUGGACUACAUUGACAUUCGUGUACGAGAAGAAAAAUGAAGAUAUACUAAAGCCCCUCACUGUAUUUGGUGUAUGGAUUGAUGUGAUCAAAGAGAUAGAUGGUCACCUUUUCAAAAAAUAAAAAUAAAAAAUCUAUAAUAUUCAACGAUUAUGUAUAUGUGUGCGCGCGCGUAUUUGUACUUGUCUGAUGAAUUUUUAAUAAUAUCGGCUAGUUCUAACUAGCAUGUGAAAUAAAUAAUGUUAUAUUAAAUAAUA